AUGAAGAUAUUAAUUCUUCUUGGGCUUCUUGAAGCCACAUCAUCAGCCCCACUUCUCCCACGACGUCUGCUGUCAGCUAGCAACAGUAAUGAGUUACUCUUGAAUCUUAAUAAUGCUCAGCUUUUGCCACUACAAUUUCAGAGCUCAUUGAAUUCACUGACUCCUCCUUUCCCUGGGAUUCUGCAGCAGCAACAGCAGCCUCAGGUUUCUGGUGUCCCCCACUUCUCUUUAGCAACCCUAGAUCGGUUUGCUGGAUUACUUCCAAAUCAGAAUCUUUUCCCAGGACAGGUCAGUUUUGUCCAAGGAUCUCAGCAAGGCCAACUAGACCCUUCACAGCCUCAAACAUCACCACAGACCCAAAAAGGCCUUAAUCAUGUUAUGCCUUAUAUAUUCUCUUUCAAAAUUCCCCAAGACCAAGCACAGAUAAAUACCACAGAAAAGUUGAUGCUUCAAUACUAUCCAGUAUACAUGUAUCUACCCUGGGAACAGCUUGUACAAACAGUUACCUCUACGCAAUUACCUCAACAAACAGGGCAGCAGCAAUAUGAGGUUCAGGUCAUACCAGGAAGACAGCAGCAAAUAGUCAUUGAUCCUCUUAUAGGCACAGCCCCUGAAACUGUUCUUAUGCCAGCAGGAGGAGUGAUAGCAUACUUACAGAAAGAAAUGGCAGACUCUAGGCAUGCUGAUACAAGAAUUUCCAUGCCUUCAAGUUCACCAAAACCCAGAACAAGCAAUAUUUUCACUUCUACUGUAAACCCAACUAUUGACCCGGAAUUGAUGGAAGAAAAGUCCAAGACCAAUAGCUUCAGUGAACCCUAA